AUGAUUCAAGCUGAAAAGGAGCUUCAGGAGGCACUGGCCACCAAAGAAGCCGAAAUAAAAGAUACCGACGAGAAGGCAUAUGCCCAAGGCAUGGCCGACGUCACAGAUGCCUACGAACAACAGAAACUCAAUGUCCCAGAGAACUCACCGUUGAGGAAAGUCGAUGCCAUUCCUCUUUCAUUCCCUCCAGCUCAACCUCCAAGUCAAGACGUCGGCGAAUCUGAGUCUGAGGAUGGUGAUGAGGAAGGGGAUGAGGCGUUGGAUGAAGAAGGCAAUGAGGUUAACAAAGAUGCUGCUGAUGAGAAGGAAUCAGCCGAUGCCAUCCUUGCUGAUAAAAACCUUGAAGACACUCUUGCAGAAAUUGACGCCGAGGUCGCGGUGGAUAAGACUGCUGAGAUGUCUUCUCAACAAACAUCUGAUCUUCAAAUUCACCCAACUGGUGGAGAGGAGUCUUAG